UUACCCCCUCAAAUUGUGUGUAAGUGUAAACUCGUGAAACUUAAUACUUCGUCUCCUCCGUCCUCACAUCUUUCCUCACUUGCAUCCUAGGAGGGUGGAGCUAAGACGCAAGGAACGGAAAAGAGGUUGCACAAAUAAUAAUUGAGAAGCACCCUUGGUUGCAAUUCCAAGGAUCCUCGACAUUGGAAUAGUCCUUCGACGAAUGUCGAUAAUGUAGCAUCCUCGAAAUUCUGGCUUUAGAGGAUCCUUCCUUGAUAUUGAGAAACAGCCACUCACAUGUUCUCCAAGAGGAAAUGAGGAAACACCCUGGAAGAGUUGAACACAGAUGAGCAGAAAGGGAAAUAGAUCAGAGGUGCAACAUGGACAGAUUGAGCGUUUCUCUGCUGUUGAUUUGGGCAUUCAGAUGUUCAUAUGCAUUUAACAUGGACACAGAACAUUCACUGUCAUUUAAUGGCAAACAAGAAGACUUCUUUGGCUACAGCGUCCAUCAGUACCAAUCUGAAAAUGGGAAAAGGAUCAUCGUUGGAGCUCCAUUAAAUAAUUCAACAGAUAGAAUUUACACCUGUCUCACAAAUCUAAGGGCCUGUAGACCACUGCAGCCAGGUUCAAAGAGUAACAGACCGUUGGAUUUGUCAACAGCUGUGUCGUCUUCUGGUACCCCACGCAUCACUAGUUGCAGUCCAUUUCUUGGACAUGAAUGUAAUGGAAACUCGUAUCUUAAUGGUAUCUGCUACCAGUACAACAGCAGGUUACAGUCGGACUCCAACUUCACCACAGGUUUUCAAGAAUGCACAAAGCCAGAAGUCAAUCUGGUGUUUCUGUUUGAUGGAUCUGAAAGUAUGACAAAAGACCAUUUUGAUUUAAACAAAGAUUUCAUCGUAAAUAUCAUGACAAAACAAUCAAACAUAAAGUUUGCUGCUGUCCAAUUUUCCAAAUCUUUCCGAACUGUGUUUGACUUCAACGACUAUCAGAACAACCUCGCUAAAGAGAAACUCAUGAAAGAGCCGCACAUGAAUGGAAUCACAAACACGUACGGUGCAAUACAAUACACAUUGGACAAGCUGUUUAAUAACGUGUCGUCUGGAGUGAACCCCAAUGCUACAAAAGCCCUGGUGAUAAUAACUGAUGGAGACCCAAGUGAUGUUGAUUAUGAUAAUGUCAUCAAGUUAUGUGAAAAGCAAAAUAUCCUCCGGUACAUCAUUGGGGUCGGAAAUGUUCACCUAACAAGACUGAUAUUGAUGGCUUCUGAGCCCAAAGACGACAACACCUUCUACAUUGAUAAUUACAAUGGACUCCAGGGACUUGUUGACGAUCUGCAAAAAAAGAUCUACAAUAUUAAGGGUUCACAUGAAACAAACAAAAGGAACGACCAACAGAACUUUGAAUCAGAAUUAUCUCAGAGUGGAUUCAGUGUUGUCUAUCACACUACGGACUCUUUGAUUGUGGGUUCGGUGGGAUCUUAUAACUGGCGUGGAGUUCUGUAUGAAGUCAGAGGAUCUGGAUUCAGAGAGACCGAGAUUAAAGAUCCAUCUGUCAAUAAAGACUCAUACAUGGGUUACUCUGCUGUGAUUGGACGCAAAGGCAAUGUCUCUCUGCUCGUCUCUGGAGCUCCACGUGCUGAACACAAGGGUCUGGUGACGCUCUUUCACCAAAAUCACAACAAAUGGACUGUAAAGAAGAACAUCAUAGGAAUUCAGAUCGGGUCGUAUUUUGGAGCGUCUUUGAGUCUGUUAGACGUCGACUCUGAUGGAGAAUCAGAUUUUCUUCUGGUCGGGGCUCCGUUAUAUUACCGCUCUAAGCCGAGGGGAGAAGGGAGGCUCUACAUCUAUACUUUAUCAGAGGAGUCAUUUCUACAGAUGAUCAACAUGUGUGAGUCAAAUGCAGGCAGAUAUGCUGCGUCUCUAGCAUCACUAAAGGACCUGAAUGGAGACAGGCUGUCAGAUGUGGCGGUCGGAGCACCGCUGGAAGAUGAGGGGACCGGAGUUGUGUACAUCUACCUCGGCGAUAAGAUGCACGGCAUAAACCUGAAAUAUAGUCCUCAGCGGAUCUCAGCGAGGUCAGUUCUGCCGGGUCUGCAGCAGUUUGGAGUCUCUGUGGUGGGUGAGAUGGACAUGAAUGAUGAUAAUCUAACAGAUGUUGUGAUUGGAGCACGCGGAGGAAUCGUUCUGUUGAAAGCUCGACCUGUGAUGUUUGUAUCUUCACAACUCAGUUUCAGCCCCAGUGAAAUCAGCUUAAAUGACUUUACCUGUUCGGGUGUGGAUUUGUUUCAUGCGUUCACCCUCACUUCAUGUUUCACUGUGUUCGAGCGAACCAGCAGCACAGGUUUACUGAACAAGGACCUGAAAAUCUCUCUGAAUAUUAAUCUGGAUGUUGUAAGAGAAAUGAAUCGAGCAUUCUUCAAGGUGCAGAAUUCAAGGUCCAGGAGUCUUCAGAAUUCCACCCUGCUGGUUUCUAAAGCCUCCUGUUUUAACUUCUCAAUCUUCAUGCCGCGCUGUGUUUAUGACACAGUGAGUCCACUGAAGAUUCAAAUGAAUUUCUCACAAACUGAGUUGUCUUCUGAUCAACCAUCAGCUAUUCUAGACAUCCACAGCACGACAGGGAUGUUUGUUGAGGUACCAUUUGAAAGGAGCUGUAACAGUGACAGGUGUUUGGCCGAUCUACAGCUGAACUUCAGAUUUAUUAGUGAGACCUUACUGGUGGUGAAUCAAGCUUAUUUUAUGGUUCUUAUAACGCUGGCCAACAAAGGAGACAACUCUUAUAACACCAACAUAGUGCUGCACUACCCAGAAGGCCUGUCGCUCUCCAAAUUUGAUGCUGUUAAGAGCCACACACGCAGCAGCUGUGGCGAUCGAGAUGGCGCUGCUAUGAAGAGAACCACUUGCAGUAUCAAUCGACCAGUGUAUCGAAGCGGUACUGAAACUGAGUUUCUAGCAACAUUUCGUGUGACAAAUCGGGACUACGACUGGCCAGAUAUGAUGGACAUGAUCAUCAUUGCCGACAGUGAUAACAACGGUAACACCACUGAUGGCACAGUGAAGAGGAGUAUACCGGUUAAGUUUGCCGUUAACUUGGCUAUCAGUGUAGUGAGUAAAUAUUCUGUCACGUAUCUGAAUCUCUCUCUGGAGGACAGAAGGCCAAAAUCUCUCAGCAUCACUUACAAGGUGGAGAAUCUGGGCCCUAAAUCUCUGCCAGUAUCAGUCACACUCCUAUUGGCCUGUUCAAAAACACAUGUGAUGUUCACACCGGAGAGCUUCGGCAUAGACAAGGUCUUCGGUCUCUCUAAUUUAACACAGUGUCAGAUGAUCAAUGAGAAACUGGAUGGUUACUGUGGGAAGUUUCAGUGUGAUGAAUUCUAUCUGGAGACAUCUGCAGCUGUUUACUUUAUUCUGACGGCACAAGCUGCACUUCAAAACACAAAGGAGUUUGAGUGGAGAUUUUCCUUUCACGAGUUCAGGACAGAUUAUGUCUUUAACAUCAUUGCCCAUCUGAACUACAACAGAAGCCGCUACAACCAGAUGAUGACCGGUUUAAAGGACGACCCAAGUACAUUUCAGACCACAGUCAGGGUGGAGUUUGUAAUUCUGCCCAGUCGAUUGCUGAUUAUUUGCACGGGUGCUGGAGGCGGACUGAUCUUACUCAUUAUCAUAUUAGUUGGACUGCAGAAGUGUGGUUUCUUUAGGCGCAACCGUCCUGAGGAGUUGAAGACAUAUGAAUAUGUGUUAGAAAGCACACAUCAUGAUGGUCCUCCCUCGCUAAUCUUUAAUGAAAUUAGCAAGGAAACGAUGGAUGAUGGAGAGCAAAGGAGCAGUGGUGGAGAGAUGAACAACCGUGAGACAAAGAAGACGACAGGUGAUGAAGAAGAGUUUGAUAGUAAUACAGCGAUGCAUGGAAGUGAGGAUGAGAUGUCUAGCAGUGACGAAAGAGAGAUAAAGAGCAGUGAUUAAAAGAUGAGGAAAAGUGAUGAAGGUGUAGAUGAAUAAAAAUUAUCUGACAAAAGAAAAACUUUGCUUCUGAAGGUCAAAAUACAAAGGAGCCAUAACAAACAUUCUGAUGAAAUGUGAUGUGUCAUGUAGGGUUUUGUGAUGUUUUCAGUGCAUAUUUAGUUUACUUUGCUUACUUUCAAAUUAACAUAAUUUAGUAUUUUUAGGUUAAGAAUUUGUUCAGUUUCAUCAUUUAUAUUUUAACGUUUAGUGUAUUUGUGUGUGUUUAAUACGUGUGAGUGUCUGUGUGUGUUUUAUUAUCUGCUUUGUGUGAAUAUUUUGUGCUUCAUAUUAAUCUUAGUAUUAACAGUAUUAAUAUCAGAAGUGUCAGUAAUGUAGGUAUUAAUGCAUUAGACAGGUGAUUUAUUAACCUGUUUUAAGUUCAGAAUAUCUAUGAACACAUUUUUCUUGAUCCAUUUCAGGCAAAAUAUUUAUAUAUUAUUUUUCCUUAUCAUUUUCAUUGUUUUAUUUUUCUUUAAUGUCAAUCCUGUGCUAUGAUCUGUAAAUAACCUUUAUUCUGAAUAUUAUAGUUAUAUUAAAAAAACAAGUUGAAUAAUUAUCCAAUCAAAACAUUAAUAAAU